UAAUUCUAGAGAGCUUGUGGGCCGCAGGUGCAGACCGCUGUCAGCGAUAACAACUACGGGACUAGCUAACGGGACUCUCCUGUCGUCAUGCACCGUCUGUUGUUCGUGUUUCUGGCCGGGGCAUCAGUUCUCGGCCUCCCCAGGCUGAAUACCACUAAGGCGGCCGGGCCCUGCCUCGCCCCGCUGCAGUGGGAGGGCAGGUGGGUGCUGUACGACCACAGCACCGGGAGGAACAACCGUGCAGCCGUUUCCUACGACGGCCUGAACCAGAGGAUCCGAAUCCUGCAACAGCACAAAAAACACACCCCGUGUCAGAAGUUUUUUGAGUACAUCUACCUGUACCAGAGCAUGGUGAUGUUCCAGAUUGACCAGAAGACCAAAGACUGCUCAAAGAUCGCGUUGACGGAGGCCUGGGAUCCCUUUGACAUCCCCAACAACUCCACCUUCGAGGACCAGUACUUCAUCGGAGGCCCUGGGGACAACGUGGAGGUUCAGGAGUGGUCAGACAGGAAGCCGGCCCGUCAGCAUGAGACCUGGGUGGGUGUUUACACCCUGAAGGACUGCUACCCAGUGCAGGAGACGUACACCAGGAACAGCAGCGUCACCACCUCCACCCGCUUCUUCAACCUCCAGCUGGGCAUCAGUGACCCAGACGUCUUCACCCCACCCAGCACCUGUCAAUCAGCCCGGCCUGAGAGGAUGGCCGAGUCUGACUGCUGAGGCCCCGCCAGUCCUCAACUUUGACCUUAGAUCCUUAACAGCAUUUUCAGGCUGAGUCUGAAAUCACCCCUUCGAUCCCGAUUCACUACUCCCUGUAGAUACACAAUAGUUUAUGCUGUAGUGAGCAGUAAAUUUCACAAAACUACAAACCAUUAUCACUGUGUCAUCACUUACAGGCAUAAUGUCGCCCGACUGUUAACGUUUGCAACUGUAAAAUCUGGCACGUCGGAUUGUUUGCAUGGAGUAAUGUAUAUACCAUGGACUCUACUUUCUCACCUUAGAAUUUGGACACUAAAAUAAAAUUGCACAGGGUAAAUUAAUUGCAUUACAUAGUAAAGAAGGAAGUGAUUUCGGACACAGCCUUUUAUAGAUUUGUUUGUUAAUUUGCUGCUAAUUUGCAAACAUUGUUGUCAGGUUCAGUGAUUCCUGCUAACUGCAAUCUAACAAGCUAGCUCACAGAUAGUUGUACCAACUGGUUAUGAUUACUAAAUGAUUACUUUCAUGAUAAAAAAGUAACUUUUAGUGAUGUUAUUUCACUAAUGAUAAUCUUCAAUCUACCAAGCUAGCUUACAGCCAACUCUUGGGUUUCAGUGAACCAUUGUGACUACAUGCUGACGAACGUUGGCUAAUUUCUUAGCUCAGGACAGGCCAUUUGAUUAUCCAAAUAUUCCUUCAAAGACGUGAAGUGCCUCAUAAACAUGAAAAGAUAUGAAGUUAAAAUCACAGCUGUUAUGCUUUGUAUUGUAUUUGAGAUUCAGACAUAUUUUCUCAGACGUGCAAUGAUCUGUUUGAGGUGUAAUAGACAGGUUUGCACACAGCAGGGGGGUAGAAACUCAUUUCCAACAUGUCAUGAUAGCUCAGACAAAUAAGAUAAGAUCUGUAACAAAAGCCAGGUAUAAAACAUGAUGGUUACUGCUGCGAAACUGCUGUAAAUUAUUAGGAUUUCAUCUUUUAAGAGAAAGAAAGUGAAGAAAAAUUA